CCACUGUGUGUUUAAAUAUCUGUUCAGUGCUAAACUGUCAUAUUAAACGACAAAAGUGCGUUUAUUUAUUUUUUUCCGUAACAUAUACAGCAGUGUCGAAAUUUAUUGGAAUUCGAAUACGAGAAACAAAGGAGAACUAUGAAAAGUUUAACCAACGUUACUUUAACAAUACUUUUAUUGUGUCGUCUGUAUACUUCACUAACCGGUGAUAUAAUUGACACUGAUGCAAUUGAUGAGGAAUCUUUAAAAGUCCUGUUUGGAAGAUUUACAGCUCAGAGAAUCUCUGAGUCGAAAUAUAGGUCAAAAGAAUGGCUCAAUGUGUCUAUGGGGGAGUUGAGAAAUAAAUGUUCUAGCAAGGGAAAUGGUCUGUACGAUUUUCCAGUAAUUGUAGCUCCGUAUCGAGACCGUCUAGAAGAAAUGUUUCACAUGAAUAUGGAAACAACACAAUUUCAGAAAAUUGACGUCAAUUCAAUGGAUUGUUCUCGUCUGCCUGAUGAUUUAGCCGUCAAAUUGGAAGCAGUAAUCGAUGCAUUGCAAAAUUGUUUUGAUGAAGAAGACCGUUUGGAUCAAUUCGGAAAAGAGAAAGCUAUGGAAAUUGUUUUAAACGAAAUAUGCUUAAGAAUAAAACAAUUUGCUGUUUACCGCACUCAAGAUUCGGCAUGCCAGUCUAUAGUUAAAGAUUUUGCAGAUACAUGUGAUCUAACUACCCCUGCUGCAUGGUACAGUUAUGAACGCCAGUCGAUAUAUUACAUGCUGCUAAUGUUUACCGUUCCUGAAACAGAUAGUUGCACAGAAAUUAUCACCCAAAGGAACUGUUAUCAAAGUGCAGUGAAACACUGCUCAGAUUCAUUCAGAAAAGCGAUUCAAGUUUUAUCAAGUCCGCCAGAGUCCACCAUAUGUUUUUCACUGACAGGAAAACAAGAUAUGCAAACAGAGAAGAUGCCGCAUAUUCUGCUAGAAAGUUCUGAUUACGAAAACUACUAAAAAGUAUGCCUUACAAUUUUUAACGCGUUCAUGCUACCCGUACUUAAGAAGUAACGCUUUACCUUGGAACUACUUUUGAAAUAAAAUUCUAGUACUUUAUUG